AUGACAAUAGUCAGUCAGAUGCGUACUUAUGAAGAGAAAAUUUCAAACGAAACAAUUGUUGCAAAGGUGUUGAGAAGCUUGACUCCAAAGUUUGACCAUGUGGUGGCUGCCAUAGAAGAAGCUAAGGAUCUAUCCAUACUCUCCGUUGAUGAAUUGAUGGGCUCGCUUCAGGCCCAUGAGACAAGAAUCAAUAGAGCAUCAGAAAGGAACGAAGAAAAGGUAGAAGUCAUAGAAGAGGAGGAUUUCGCAGCUUCCAUGGUGAUUGUGAUAACAGGGGUAGAUGGAGAAGUGAUGGACAGAGACAAUUCAAUAAACAAAGGAAUGUCAUACAAUGUUACCAUUGCAGAAACAGAUAAUGAAGAAGAAGAAGAAGAAAAGCUGCUUAUGGCGUGCAUGGAUACUAAUCCAAAAAAGGAUGACUUAUGGUUUGUUGAUAGCGGAUGCUCGAACUAUAUGACAGGCACCAAAUCUUUAUUUAAAGAAUUUGAUGAGACGCAAAAAAUUAAGGUGCAACUUGGAAACACAAAAGAGAUGCAAGUUGAGGGAAAAUGUACAGUGAAAGUCGAAAUCAGUCAUGGCAUAUACAACCCCAUCAGUGAAAAGAUUUUAGUUAGAAGGGAUGUAAUAUUUAAUGAAAAUGUGAGUUGGGAUUGGAGUAAAGAACAAGAGCAGCAAAAAAUUACAGUUGAAGUUUCUCCAAAUGAAGAGACAAGGGUAAACUCCAGUGCAUCUCCUAGUGCCUCCACUGCCACGCAGAGUGUGUCAAAUUCAUCAUCUUUAGCAUCACUAAACAGCAAUUCUUCUCUUGAAGAACUUUCAGAUGAAACACCUCCAAGGAAGUAUAAAUGUUUAGCUGACAUAUAUGCAUCAUGUCAAUUUGCUCUUACUCUUUCAGACCCUAUGAAUUAUGAAGAAGCAACUGAAAAAGAAGACGGGAAGAAAGGCAUGGCAGUAGAGAUGCAGUCCGUUAAGAAAGAUGGAACAUGGGAUAUGGUUGACCUACCAAACAAAAAGUUUUAUGGAGAUUUACAAGAAGAGGUUUAUGUAACACCGCCAGAGGGAUUCAUAAAGAAAGACAAAGAAACAAAGGUAUACAAGCUGAGACAGACAUUGUACGGGUUAAAGCAGACAUAUUUACGAAGGUCUUGUCAAAAGAAGAGCUCUGUACUUGACAUCUGCAACUUUAAAUCAAAGGGGAGUGUUGAGAUAUGA